GGGAAGCGAAGCAUUUCCGGCGGUGCGAGACGCCAGGAAUAAAAUGUGAACUCAAAAUACUUGUUAAUAGGAAUACACAUGCGUUAUAUUAAACCAUCAGUAGCAGUGGCGAGGCUGAAGGCUCGCUAUGAUACCUUAACAUGCACAACAAAGGGGCCGCCGCGCCGUAGACCGCCCCUCGGAGUCAUGGACGUGAAGUAAACACUCCAGGAAUUAGCCCGUCCCCGGCUCUCCCCGCGUCUAAAGGCUGGCCGGGAACAUUAUUAUCAGCACUGCUUCAUUUACAGACAAAAGACAUGGACGCGGUUCACAGUGGGACUGGUGUCUUCUACCAGGCGAUGCCUGCGGUUGGAGCCGACGGAAAGAACAUAAUGAAACUGAUUCCUGUCCAAAUGGUCAAUGGGCGGUUUAUCCCGACUCAGAUGAGCAUGACCCAGACAAAUUCAGCUGCACAGAAAGCUGUCACCAUGAACAAUACCUCAGGAUCUGUCCUCGUGGCUGAAAAGGAAGCAGGGAGUCACUGUACAACUGAACGAUUUGUCAGGAACCACUUUUCCCUCGUGAACAACUUGCCCAAUAAAGUCAACUUUGUCCUCAGUAACUCGCUAAACAAGCCUCCCAUGCAGAAGCAAACUUCAAAUUUAACGACCAAAGUUUCUCAGAUGGCAGACCCUUCAACAAUUCUGGGGAAGUUGAUCAGACUUCCAAGGGAACUUCCCGUGACGGUGAAAUCUCCAGCGCUUCCUAGAGGACAGUACCUGCAGAUUCCCCCCAAUGCACAGGUCCAGAGAGUCCCGGCAUCUGAGCUCCCUCCAGCGAUCAAGGAGCAGAUCUUUACUUCAUCAGCCAACUCCUCGGCGUACUCAAGCUCACCCAGCGUGGUCCUCGUGUCACCCGUCACUACCAUGAGACAAGGAGUUCCUGAACCCAGUGGCUCAACGACCCGUGCAGUCAAACUGCUCCCCAAAACGCCCAAUCCGACGGCAUGUGUCCCUCUGAAGGGAGUGCAACCACAGCUGAGACUAAUACCAAAGGUUUCGCAGAGGCCCAACAGCCCCACCAGGUGGGUUAUUGAAGAGGUGGACAACUCCUCCCCUGAUAACCUGAGACCUGUUGAUUCUCCAUCUUCCCCUUCAGAGAUCCUUCGAUCCGUGACCGAGGGAGGGAAUGCUGUCAGGCAGACCAUCUCUCAAACAAUUCAUGGCAAGGAUGUGCAAGGACAAGAAAAUGCUUUGGUGGUGUGCAAUGGGAAGGUGUUUUUUGUGGGCAAAAAUGGCAGCUUAACGUCUAAAUCCACAGCUGCAAGAGAGAGCUCGGAGGGCAACAAAGUUGUCUUUCCUUCUCCUCGCCAGCAGUCAGCUGCGCCUCAAACGAAUCCAGAGCUCAGAACACUAGAUAAGUCAAAUGAAGUGAUUGAUCUUUGUGACGACGACGACGACGCUCAGGAGGAUCAACUUCAACAAGCCUCCCAACUGGACGAGGAUAACGUCAUAUUUGUGUCAUAUAUUCCACCCAAGGCCGAGUCCAGCACGGCAAAAGAGGUGAUCCUAAAAACAACAAUGGGACCCGGAGAGAAAACAACACUCAUGACCUCAAGUGGCUCCAACCGCAGAGCAGACGUUUCAGUUGGUGGCCAAAGCAUCCCCAUCAGACAAGAUGACCACGCCAACGGGAAGAGCCAGCGGAGCAUCUCCACCCAGCAGAGAGACCAUCUGGAGGUGGGUGCAACAACGGGAAGUCCAGCAGAUCCCGAGGACAGAGGAGAACGUGCCGAGGCGAGCGCUCCAGAACCCGAGGCCAGCGCUCCAGAACCCGUGGCGAGCGCUCCAGAACCCCAGAUGUUGCUGCUGUCAGAGCCCUGUCAGAUGUCAGACCGCCUGCUGAGGAACAUCUUUGGGAUCACAGCUGAUGUGAGAAUUUGUCUGCAGAAGAUUGAUGAAGCAGGACCUGGGUGCUUCUCUGCAGAUCUCCUGCACACAGAGUCCAUGCGAUUGGCAGAAGACGACGAGGAAGCAAGUGGUUUAAAAGAGAAAGAACUCUCUUUUCACGACAUUUGGACAGACAUUUCCCACGAUCCUGUCAAUGUUCCUAGUGUGAAAGUGCAAACUGAACACAAGGUGUCCACAUCUCCGCACGCAAGUGUCACACCUUUGAAAAGCUCCCCUUCCAAACUUAACACAAAACAUCCUUCCAGACUGAAGGAGAACUGCUGGUCUUUGGGCCAGAGUUCCCUCAGCAAAACGCGUUGCUCUGAGUCUGAACCAGUGGUCAGCUACGUUGAACCAAUAGAUGAGGAUUUCCCAGAUGAAAAUGACAACCCCAGGUCACAGGACGGACCGGCCCAUCCCCAAACUCAGACAUGCAGGGACAUCAACGCCAGCACGAGGAGAGUGGGGCGGACGAGGAAGCGCACCAUGUGUCCGUGUUGCGUCCCGUACGUUCUGCAUCCUGUCGGGAAGUCCAGCGCAAGGUUCGAGGAGCCCGAAGAGUGCACGUUAACCGCGGACCAGACGAGUAAGAAAGCGGGACGACCGAAGGUCCCGAGGAAAGAUGGGAGAACCUCUUCAAGGAUCAGCUGUGUGGAGUCCAGAAGCAAAAACUCUAAACCACACGAGAUCCAGUCUGGUGAUGGUUUGGAGUUCAAAAGACACGAACAGAGUGAAAGACUUGAAGAUAUCCUUGAGGAGAAGGUGGCUCAAAUAAGAAAAGGUAUGAGUUGACACACAAAAAAACAAAAAACAUAUACCGAAGGAUGUGAAGAAGCUGCAGCCCAAAUCUCGUUUUUGCUUCAUCAUUCACGUGCCUUCAUCGGGUUGUUUUGAAACACUCUUUUUGCAUCUUUCAGAGUAGAUUUUGGAUUCUUGAUGAACCACUUUACAGAGGAUUUGAUUGUUGAUCUGCUUUUUAUAACCCAAAAGACACCAACAUUUUAGUAUGCAUAACCUUCGUGUUGUGAAUUUAAUUAAUUUGUUUGCAGUAAAGUAUUUGUGUUGCUUCUGAUAAUUUAGUGGGAAUUAGCAAGUACUAACACGACUAAGUCCAGAUACUGUUUUAUUAGAGCAGUAGAGACGCUGACGAGCAGCUCCACGGCCACAACCCUGGAGGCCACGAGGCUGAAGAGGUGGAGCAACAAUCGGGGCAAGCACACACAGUAACCCCCCCCAGUCGUCCGCUGCUGUCUUUAAUGCCAGCAAGCAAACGGUUGCAUCAGCCCUGUCCUUGAAUAAAAGUCAGCUGGACAGGUUUCCUCUGUUCUCUGAGACAUUUCUCCUCUCGUCCGGGAGCCUUCCUCGGGUGUGGCUGGCUGGUGGGGACCUUCACGUUUACGAGAUGAAACUGCCAGCCGGUCAAACCUCCCAGGGAGGAGAUUCGGGAGAGAUACAUGAGGCCACCUUCCCAGUGUUUCCCUCAUUUCCACAAAGACCCCCCCCCCCCCCCUCUGUGUUCUCUGUUCUCAUCAGUCAGAAGUGAAACAGCCUUUUUUUCAAUGAACGGUGACACAUCUUCAAGAACCAACAAAGCAGGUCCGGUUGCCUUUGAAUUCAAGCCGGAUGACUGAAUCUGAGUCUUGACGUUCACUUCCUGGAAUGUACUUCACUCCUGCCAGUCGGGAGUUUUAAUUGGCCACUAUAUGAUUUAAACUCGUUAACUAUCUGGUUGGUUGCUCAUCAGUGGAGGCUUGUUUCAGGACAUUUUGCAUUUUAAACUGUGCUAUGUUAACAUUUUAUUCAUCACAGUAAACUAAGACAAAUACAGUUUUUUGAUUUGGCCAAGUUUUGACCAAAACUUUGACGGUUUAACAUGAAAACGUCACGAGACAGCAGCGCUGCCACUUUAUCUGUUGAGUGACAACGAGCUGAACAGUUUGUUCUUUCAUAGCCCAGUUUUAAUGCUACUUAUGUUAUCAUUAUUUAGAUCUAGAUUAGUUUUAUCACCACAUAUCACACAGCUCUGCAUGUUCUGUCUCAGCUGAUGGCACUGAGUCUUUUUUCAUUAUUCUCACCUCUGCUGUUUAGUUCUGAGUUUCUGGUUAUAAUAAUUCACAAUUACAGAGCUGUUGGAAUAUUAAUUACAUUUCAUUAAUUCAUCACAUUACUUGUCAUCAUUAAGCAAGAUGUCUUGAGCCAAGUUGAAAUGGAAGUACAUAAAAGUAAGAGAGGAGCUUAAGUUCUGCAGAAGUUUAACCCUGUUGACUCACUACAAGUAUUAAAUACUAUUGAAUAAAUAAAUGCACACUAGUCACUUGUGAAAUACUACUAAUAUUAUUAUGUUAUGAAGGUUCUUGUGGUAAAGUUGUUCUGUCGGAGCGCAAUACGGUUGGAUGUUGACUUUCUGUUCAAUUGUCACCUUAUCGGAUCGGUCAGUUGGUCCACCAACUGAUCCAAUAUCUGUCCUAUGGAUCCAUUUCCAUGAAAUAUGCCUCCAGAUUUUCAAUUUAAAACAAAGUUUCCCCUUUGGUGCUUUUAUGAAAUGAUUUAUUUGGUUGUUUAUUGUUAAAUGCUAUGGACUGAUUAUGUUUCAUUUCCGUCCCAGCCGCCGCUUAAGAAGGCAGUUACCUUUAAAUACUUUAUAUCUACAAAAUAAACUGGAUGUAUAGAAGAUGGAUCAGUUGUGAGAUGUUUUAUUGACGGAUGUUACAUAUUGUAAACAAAGUAAAUGGUACAAAUAUGUCAUGUUUUGUAGGUUUAAGCUGCUGUUGUCAAUUUGACCCAGAACAUUAAAGAUUAUUUUUAACAUGGCAGCUGGUUGAUUUACGCUUUUUGUUGCCUACAGAAGUGAAUUUAAGGAUAUUUCUCCAUUUAAG